AUGGCUUCUAUCGAUCCUACAGAUUUCGUUCAGGUGGAAGAUGAUAGCACUUCUUUGAAGUUUGAAGACCCAAAGCAACAAGCCAAGUUUGAGCUAGGUGUAUGCAUGGCCAUUUAUAAAUGGGAAGAAUUGACCACAGCAGUUGAGAAUUCGUGGGGAGGACCAACUUCAGCUGACAAAAGAGACUGGCUUUCAGGGGUUAUUAUUGACUUGUUCGAUGAGAAGGCUGUGGAUAUCAUGUUAAUUGAAGAAACAUUGUUGUACGCUAUGGUGGAUGAAUUUGACACCGAAAUUGAUAACGAUUCUGCUCUUAUCAUUGGUGACUUGAUCUUGAAACUUUACAGAGAUUGCGCUCUUAAAAACUAUGCCAGAGUGGAUGAGUUGUACGCGAACUACCAGCAAAAACAAGCUCUGCGUGCCCGUGCUCAGAAGGUCGAAAUCAGCGCUGACCCAAAUAACCCCGAUGUCUCCGAUGAUGAUGACGAGGAAGAAGAAGAAAGCGCCCCACAACUAGUAGAAGAAGAUUCUAUGGAUGUUGAUAAUGGGCCAGUUAUCGAUGAUGAUGGCUUUGAACUCGUCCAAAGAAAAGGGCGUAGAAGGUAA